UCACCACAUGUUCAGCGACGGAAGCCUGGAAAUAUUGCCAUUUGGACGAGGAUUGAGUUCUGUGUCUUACAGUCGACACUGCUCGUCGAUCCGAUCGAAACCUGGUGUUGCAGACGCUUCAAAUAGAAUCUCUCAUAAGGAGCUACUAGUAAACAGAAUGCAUAGCAAUUGGAUGACCACGUGGUGGUGGUGGCCACCCUCGUGGGUGGAGCAUCUGUGGAGGCUCUAUUGCAUGCAGCCAACAUCUCUUGCACACCAAGGCUUGACGCCUUGCAAAGACUGUCGCAAUGUUUUCACUCUAAGUCACUCGCUUUUCAUAAAGAGCACGUUCGUCAAUACAGAAUUUAUAGACGUUGCGGCUAAAAAUGUCCUCAUCUCUCAAUCCACACUGUAUCACGUGCGCUGGUCACGUGGACACUCGUCUGACGUCAUCAUCGAGGGGUCUCUCGGUGUCGCCAUUCAGAUGAACAACCACAAGAGCUCUGGAUGUCGUAUGAGAGACAACGCAUUUUAUCUCUCGUUGAUGGCGAACAGCCGGCAUGAGAAUCUCGUCGUUUCGAGAACAAAACUAUACUUCUGUGCGUCCUACAACUCGACAUUCAAAACGUACAAUACUCCAAGCGUAUUGAACAAACUGCCUCCCUAUUUCUUGAGGCGGUUACAGGCUGGUGGCUGGUGCUCGAUCGUACAGAAUAAUCGCAACGACAAGCAUUGCCACUCAAUCUGCAACACGUCACAUCUUUGCUAGAAACGAUAAAAUAGAAAGUCUUGAAAUGUAUGACUUGCUCAGAAUAAGAUUUAUCUCGUUGUAGAAUAGAUACUGCUAGGUGACUUCUAUAGGCUCGACAAACUGGCGUAUUGGCUAGAACUCAGUAUACAUGGUGUAGCUGCCAUACUUAAUUGUUUUUGGUGUUUUUGAUAAGGACAGAUGUAAACGACGUCUUUUUCUUGACCUGUAGACAUGUCUACAUGUAAUGAUCCGGGUUACAUAAAUGUAUACAACCGAUCACAUUCGCUUGCUUUAGAUAAUAUACGCAGAGUAGAAUGGUGGACCGUAGCCCACAAUAGCUUGUACAAACUUUACGUAGAGUACCAAAAAUACAAUUACAGUUGCACAGUUGCA